AUGCAACCAGGUGGACAAAGUCUUGUUGAUCGGCUCUUAGCAGCGAAAAAUACAAUCGCUGGACAAGCAUUAGCUAAAGUUGUUUGUAAAGCAACAACGGAAGAAAUUAUGGGUCCUAAAAGAAAACAUUUGGAUUUUCUUUUACAAGCAACAAAUGAAAUGAAUGUAUCAAUACCACAAUUGGCUGAUUUAUUAAUUGAACGUACACAAAAUUCAUCAUGGGUUGUUUCAUAUAAAUCAUUAAUUACAAUUCAUCAUUUAAUGUGCUUUGGAAAUGAACGUUUUGAAGCAUAUAUGGCUUCCCAUAACCAUCGUCUUCAACCAGCUGCUUAUUUAGAUCGUAUGGGAAUGCCGGGUGGUGAUAUGUCAAGUUAUGUUCGACGUUAUGCUAAUUAUUUAAAUGAAAAACGAGAUGCGUAUAAAUUAACAGGUUUUGAUUUCUGUAAAAUUAAACGAGGAAAAGACGAUGGUGUACUUCGAACAAUGCCUACUGAAAAAUUGCUGAAAGCAUUACCUAUUCUUCAAAAACAACUUGAUGCUUUGCUUGAAUUCGAAGUUACACCAAAUGAACUAACAAAUGGUGUUAUCAAUAGUUGUUUUUUUCUUUUAAUUAAAGAUCUGAUACGUUUAUAUGCAGCAUUUAACGAUGGAAUGAUUAAUUUACUUGAAAAAUAUUUUGAUAUGAAUAAAAAACAAUGUCGAGAAGGAUUGGAUAUUUAUAAACGAUUUCUUGAACGAACAGAUAAAGUUUCAACAUUUCUUAAAGUAGCCGAAAAAUAUAAACAAUUAUUUGAGCGAGAUUAUUCAAGACAGACAUCGGGUAUGGAUCGAAGUGAAAUUCCUGAUUUAUCACGAGCUCCAAGUAGUCUUUUGGAAGCUUUGGAAAAUCAUUUGGCACAUAUGGAAGGUAAAAAACUUCCAACACAAGGAUCAAUCUCAAGACAACAAACUGAACAAGAUCUUAAAAGCUUUUCACGUGAUUUAAUAUUUAAUGAUAAUGAUGAUCCACAAAAAAUUCUUGAAGAAGAAGCGAAAGCACUUGCGCAAUUUAAUAAAAAUAAAGAUACUUCAUCACCAGUUGGAUAUAGUUCAGGCGCUCAUACAGCAAGUGGAAAUGGUUUUGGUGAUACAGAUUUCUUUUCUCAACAACCAUCUUCAUCAUCAGCGGCAGCAUCAUCAUCAAAUGGUCAAAAUGCAACUGUUCAACAGCAACAAUUAUUAACUGAUGAUCUAUUUUCACUUGCGACACCGCCAUCACAAUCAGGAGCAAAUACAUUUUUUAGUAAUAAUCAAAAUACUUUUCCUGCAUUUCAACAACAACAACCACAACAACCAUUCCAAUCAAAUGUUCUUCAUACAUCAGUGCCUAAAACAAACUUUUUCGAUGAUAUUCUUCAACCAACUUCGGUCUUAUCAGGCAAUAAUACAUCAACAGCACCAUUAUUUUCUAAUAAUCAAAACAUUCCAACGACUACCAAAGUACUUCAACCAGGUGAUCUUAAUCAAUCAUUAAAUCAAUUAUUUGAAAAUCUUGAUGUGAAAGAUCGAUCGAAAAUUGGAAAAGAUCAUCAAUGGGCACCUAGUGAUGGUAAAAAUCAACAAAAAAUUGGUAUUGGUAGUGGAAGUAUGAAUAGUCCUGGUACAACAUGGCCAAAUCAACCUCCAAUGGGUGGUCCAUUUGGUGGUAUGGCUGUUCAACAAAAUACAAUGUGGCAACAAGCACCACCACCGCAACCCUCAUUAACUAAUCCUUUUGCUGCACCACCACCUAGUGGUCCAUCGCAAAUGGGUUUUGGUGGUAUGGCUGCACGACCAAUGGGAGCAAAUACGAAUCCAUUUGCUGCUCAACCAACAUCAUUUGGUACAUCGCCAUUCGGUCAACAACCAAAACCAAAUCAACAGCAAGUCAAUGAUCCAUUUGGUGAUCUUUAA